AUGUGCCCUUUGCAAACCUCUAGGCUCUUCCAGAGGAGUGAGACCAUCAUGGCUCAGGAGAGGUUCUUCAUCCUCUUUCUACCACUGGUCCUGGUGCUGCUGGUGCUGGGCUAUGUCCAGCCUUCUCUGGCCAAGGAAACGCAGGCUGAUGAGUUCCUGCGGCAGCACAUGGACCCAGACACCUCCAAAGUCACUGCCAGCUACUGCAACACAAUGAUGAAGCUCCGGAAUGUGAUGGGUGAACCUUGCAAGCCGGUGAACACGUUUAUCCACGAGCCUCUGCGAGAUGUCCAGGCCAUCUGCCUCAAGGGAGAUGUCCCCUGUAAGAACACGAAGUCCGACUGCCACCAAAGCAGUUCCAAAAUGCGCAUCACCGACUGCCGCCUGAAGAAAGGCUCCAUAUACCCCCAAUGCGACUACGAGACCCAGCAGAAACGGAAAUACAUCAUCGUGACCUGUGAAGGGAAUCCAUACGUGCCAGUCCACUUUGUCGGUUCUGUGUAG